CGUGUCCUGAGGGAUGUCAGCGUAGGGUCCCCGCGAGGCAGAGCUGCACUCGCCCUUGCGGGUCGUGUUGGCCCAUAUAAGUGAAUGGCUCGCUGACCGGUGUGCAGGCGGAGCCUGGGGCUGCCCCACACGAGGGCUGUAUUCGUUUUUCUCCGCGGACGUCUGUGGUCCGGGAUGGAGGCAGCUGGCCGGGACCUGGAAGCUAGCUGAGAGCCCUGACGACCGCUGCCCUACGAAGGCAGCGUCGGGUCCCUGUCACAGUGGCGGUCGAGAGGCGGAGAUGGGCGGAGGAAGGGCCGGGCUGCCGUGCUGUUGUGACCAGGUGCUCGGAGCAGCAGCGUGGAAGGUCCGAGGUAUUUUAAUAGGGGAACCCGUUACUACAUGUCUUUCUCCCUCUGUAUAUGACAUGAUUUGUAAACUUGGGUUUGAAUUCAAAGAAAAUUGUGAUAUCAAUAGCAUUGUAACUCACACUGGCAAAUUAUGCUGGAAAACAAUCACAAACUGUAUGAGCUAUACAGAUCCAGACCAGAGUCUCAAUUACUGGGAAAGCGUGCAGCACCUGGGCCCUGUGUGCGAAGCCGUCCAUUUACAUUUCUUAUCUCUGACCAAGGGACUGUUUGAAAUUCAGUAUGUGCCGUGGUUCCAGUGGACAAGUUUUCCAGAGGUAUUCCCUGAAGUAUUUGAUGCCUUGGGAGGCCUGCAGUCUGCUGCCGUUUCUUUGAGCUUAAUGAAGCUGACAUCGUGUCUGGAGCGGGCUUUGGGUGAUGUAUUCUUGUUAAUUGGGAAAGAAUGCCCCUUUCUUUUAAGAGAUCUGCUUGCAUCUAAGGAGCUUGCUUACAUCUUUGGGCAGCCUGUGAUGGAUGUGCUCAAAGUCUUCAUUGGCUCACCCUGUGGACUCAAUCUGCGGAAUGUCCUGUGGCAUGGGUUUGCAUCACCUCAAGAAAUUCCUCCAAAAUACUGUUCAAUGAUGCUGUUAUUGACAACAGGAUUGGGUCAGUUACUUGAGAGUUACUUUCAGCGGACUAAAGUCACAUUGGUGCAUCGAUCUUUUGCAACUCUCACAAACUUAGAGGACUUGAUUGUUUUUCCUGACAUUACUUAUAAGAUACUUUCAGUGUUAGAAGAAGUGAUGACAAAAUCUACCUUUAUAUUAAAAAUCAUGGUUCCAUAUUGGGAAAUUGCACUAAUGACGUUCAAGGCACACAGGUUUGCUGACUGUGCCAUAUUGUUAUUGACACAGCUGGAGGCUGGACUUAGGAGAGUUUUUGCUGCAGUUAACAAAUGUCCGGACAGACUCUUGACUGCUGAGUCAACAGCUCUUUAUACCACCUUUGAUGAAAUACUGGCAAAACACUUAACCGAUGGUAGAAUCAACCAGCUUCCUCUUUUCCUUGGAGCGCCUGCUAUGGAAUUUCUCUGGGAUUUCCUGAACCAUCAGGAGGGUCCCCGUAUACGCGAUCGUUUAAGCCACGGGGAGAUCAACCUAUAUGAAUUUCCAAAGGAAGCAGCAAGUCAGUUGCUCGCAUUUUCCAUUGUACUGUUACUAAGAUUCUCUGAUGCAGCAGUGCUUGCAACUGCUAAGGAGGAAGCAGCAGUAACGCUGCUGAUGAGACUUGCCGAAGGCUACCAUUCUCGCUGCCAUCCAGCGUUUCAGCUUAAAAAACAGGUGCUGAGCUGUGAGGAAAGCAUCAGGAUGUGGCCUCUGCUGCCUUUGCCGGAAGAACCCUGUCAGGACACAGCCAGAAUGGAAGAUAGCGAAGCAAGUGCAUGCUACUCUUUAGUUACAAAAAUUGUGCACGAGCUCUGUCAUCACGUACCUGAGAAUCAUUGUGCUCUUAGUGUCUUCGGUGAUCUUCCUGCUGAGGAGUGGCCCCGGCUGCUUGGUGCACUGUGCAACACGCAUGUCUCCAUGCUCUUCUGCCCCAGAGUGGUGCUCGAAGUGCUGGGUGUGCUCCGUAGCAUCACUUCCCACUGCCAGCAUGUGUCCAACCAGGUGGUCACCUCCCUGCAGCUGAGGCACCAGCAGUGGGAGGAGCGGAGGCUGCGCUCCAGGCAGCGGCGAAACUACCUGAGCAUGCGGGCCAGUAUUAGGCUUCUGUCUCCUGUGCUUUACCUGAUUUUAUUGCUCGUUGCACUGGAAUUGGUCAACAUUCAUUUUGUCCAUGGAAAAAAUACUUAUGAAUAUCACCAGUAUCUAAAGUUCUUUAAGUCAGUCUUGCAGUAUUCUGAGAACCUUGUGGCCUAUACCAGACCAGAGAAGAACAAGUGGAGAGAAACCAUCAGUCUUACACAUGCAGCUUUGAUGAAAAUUUGGACUUUUACUGAGAACAAACAAAUGUUAAUACAUUUACGCAAGAAAUCCACAAGUAAAGCAAUUCUAUGAAAACACAAGUCAAGAUGUUUGGAUUGCCUCAAAAAACUAACUGAAUUAGAUUUUAACAGCAUGUAAAUUGAAUAUCCAGCAGGGCAUAGAUUUGAGAGUCCAUUUGUAUUUCUGCAGCUUUGUGAUGUGUUCUUCCUGAAUGGUCAGUAUGACCUUCAGGCUGGCCUCUGCGGUAACCAGAUCACUGAAAUAGGUUUUGGUACCAUGUCCUCAUAACAUAGGUUGCAGGAAGUUCCAUCUACUUCUCACCCAGCUGGUACCCAGAAAGAUAUGGCUUCACAGCAAUCACUGGCCAAUGGUCAGGCCAGACCAGCCUCUGGGACAGAGCAGUUGGGUUCAAUGGAAUUGUCUGAUUCAGUGUAUUACACGGGGAUGCAUGACCCACACACUUGAGCCAGGUCUUUGGCACAUGAUCUCAGGGACACAUGACUUUCAUCCAUGUGAUGUCAGGUCCUUGGUCUGUUGCCUCAGGGAUGUGUGACAGACACGUGAUGUCAGGUCCUCAGUCUUACUACCUCAGGGAUAUGUGACACAUUGGAUGCCAGGUCCACAUGUACCACAUUAAGAACUCUUGACUUAUACAUGAUACCAGGUCUUCAAUGUACCACUUCAAGAACACAUGACACACAUGAUGCUGGGUACUCAAUGUACCACCUCAGGGUCUCAUGACACACAUGAGGUCUGGUCCUCUGUACCAUCUCAGGGAUUCGUGGCCCAUGCAUGAUACCAUGAUUUGUGUGCACUAGUCAGAGACACAUGCCUCACAUGCAUGAAGGCAUAUUUUCUCGCUUCACUCAGGGACAUAGAACUGUACUUUUAGCUGUGCUGUCCUUGCUGUAUCACAGCCAGAAGUGUGAUGUCCUUGCUCCAUUCAUGUGGUGUGAAACUAUACAUUGGAAAGGAUAGGCUAGAAUUUCUUCAUUAUAUCUCUUCCUUUUGUAUCUCCUAAUUAAUGUGUGGUCUGAUAUCUGAACCAUUUGAAUAUUAUCAUUCUCUCGUUUUUACCAAGUAAUUCUAAUUCUUGCUUGAGCCUUUAUUAUCAAAUGCUAAUCUUAUGUUGCUAGUAUGAGUGCUACAGGGUUGUCAUUUUCCUCUGAGGAAGAGAUGCAGCUUCCAGCAUAAUUAGCACAUUAAUUACAGUGUUGCCU